AUGAACGGCGCAAAGGUGACUGCCUCGCGUCAUGCUUCCAAUGGGCGAGAGAAGGCACCACAGGAGGGUCGCGAAAAGUUGGCCAGUAAAGCAAAGCCUAAGCCGACUCCUCGCAAAGUAAUGCCGACGAAGUCCGAUAAAGAAGGCGUCGCCAAUGCUUUAGAACGGUGUGCCCAGAUCUUCCAGGCGACAAUCAAGCCAGCGCCAAACCAAGAGGGACCUGGACCUGUCAACGAGCCGAGGAAAUGGGGCAAGCUCAAGCAGGAUCUCAAGACGUUGCGCUCUGCUGAUAUCAAAACGCUGAAGCAGGUCGUCCUUGCCCGCGUGAAGGGCGAGAAGCUCACUGAUGAUAAGACAAUGAUUAUGGAAAGGGUCAUUCAGUUAGUCGCAAAUCUUCCUAAUGACUCGAAGCUUCGCGUGGAGCUUACCAACACUUUUCUGGGCGAGCUUUGGAACUCCCUUGGGCAUCCACCUUCUCUGUAUGUGGGGGACAAGUACAGGUAUCGGCAGGCUGAUGGGUCUUACAACAAUAUUAUGUUUCCCCAACUUGGGGCCGCCGGCAGUCCGUACGCCAGGUCCGUGAACACCACAGUUUUGCGCAAGGGUGCUCUGCCAGAUCCAGGGCUCGUUUUCGAUUCCGUCAUGAAGCGUACAGAGUACAAGAAGCAUCCCAACAAUGUUUCCAGCAUCCUCUGGUACUGGGCCAGCAUUGUCAUUCAUGACCUCUUCUGGACCGACCACCACGACGUGAGCCGGUCCAAGACGUCAUCUUACCUUGACCUGUCUCCCCUCUAUGGCAGUAACCAAGAGAUGCAGAACACUAUCCGCACAUUCAAGGACGGCAAGUUGAAGCCCGAUUGUUUUGCGGAUAAGCGUAUCCAUGGCCUGCCCCCUGGUGUCGGAGUCUUGCUUAUCAUGUUCAACCGGUUCCACAACUAUGUCUGCGACAAUCUGAUCUCCAUCAACGAAGACGGCAGGUUCACCGCGCCGUCACCAUCAUUGCAGGGCGACAAGGCUGCGGCGGCGUGGAAGAAGUAUGAUGAGGAUCUGUUCCAGACUGCACGACUCGUCACGUCCGGGUUGUACAUCAACAUCAUGUUGCUUGAUUACGUGCGGAAUAUUGUGAAUCUCAACCGUGUAGACACGACGUGGACCCUAGAUCCUCGUGUCAACACCGGUAUUGAGGCCGAUGUCAGGCAGGGAGCAGAGCGCGGUACCGGCAACGUCGUUUCAGCAGAGUUCAACCUCUGCUACCGCUGGCACAGCUGCAUCUCUGAAAAGGAUGAAAAGUGGAUCGAGGAGUUCUAUUGGGACCUGUUUGGCAAGCCGUCGGCAGAGGUCGGCGUGCAGGAUCUGCUUGCAGGCUUCGCCAUGUUUGAGAGCAGGCUGCCAGAAGAUCCUCUGCAGCGGCCGUUCAAUAAGUUCAAGAGAGGUCCGGAUGGCAAGUUCAGCGAUGAUGACCUUGUUGAGUGCAUCGUGUCGGCCAUCGAGGACUGUGCCGGCUCGUUUGGCGCUCGGAACGUGCCCGCCUCAAUGCGUGCCAUUGAGAUACUGGGUAUCAUCCAAGGCCGCAAAUGGAAUGUUGCCAGCCUUAAUGAGUUCCGCAGGCACUUCGGCCUCAAGCCGUACGAGACAUUCGAGGACAUCAACUCUGACCCUGGCGUCGCCGAUGCCCUCCGCCGUCUGUACGACCACCCUGACUUCGUCGAGUUGUAUCCCGGCAUUGUCGCCGAGGAGCGCAAGGAGCCCAUGGUGCCUGGCGUGGGCAUCGCCCCGACCUAUACUAUCUCUCGUGUCGUGCUCUCGGAUGCAGUGGUCCUCGUCCGCAGUGACCGGCACUACACCAUCGACUACAGCCCACGCCACCUGACCAACUGGGGCUACAACGAUGUUCAGUAUGACCUGAACGUCAACCAUGGCUGCGUCUUCUACAAGUUAUUCCUCAAUGCUUUCCCCAACCAUUUCAACUACAACUCUGUCUAUGCCCACUAUCCUAUGGUGGUUCCAUCUGAGACAGAGAAGAUCGUCAAGGACCUCAAGCGCGACCAUCUGUUCGACUUCUGCCGUCCCGGUCGUCUCAGGAAGACGGCGGAAGUCAAGGAGCCCGAGGGUGUUCGCCAUGUUCUGGCCGGACAGGAGAAGUACCGGGGUGCAUGGCUCGAGGCUCUUCGUCCCCUUGCCGACCAGGGCAAGGCCAAGUUGUCUGGCGACGCGAAGACACAUGAUCAACUACGUCAGCAGGUUAGCGAGAGUGUGUUCGAUGACGAUUUUGUUGUGACCGUGAAGGCAUUCUACCGCCAGAAGGUCGCCGAGCUUCUUGAUCUCAGAAGUUACGACCUGGCGGGCAACCGCAUGGCCGAUCUGGUGAGAGAUGUGGCUGCCCUUGCGCCCACGUACUUCGUUUCCGAGCUCUUUGGCCUGCCGCUUGAAAGCAGGGCCAAUAAGAAGGGCUUCUACACCGAGCAUGAGCUACACGUGGUCCUGUCAACUAUUGCUACCGUGCUUUUCACCCAAGUUGAUGUUGUCAAGAAGUUCCCGUUGCUCCAGGCGGUAAAGACGCUGUCCAGUCAGCUGGCGACAGCCAUUGAGAAGACUGUUAAGAGUCCCAAGUCGAACAAGAGUCAGCCGCUGAGCAGCUAUGGCGCUAAGUUGAUCAAGGCGUUGACCAAGGCUGGCGUGAGCAGGCAUGACAUUACUUGGGCUCACGUUCUGGCUGCUUCGGCCGCGGUUGUCGCCUACCAGACAAAGAUCUUCACCGAAGCGGUUGACUUCUACCUCUCUCCAGCUAGAGCGCAGUUUCGCGAGGCGAUCCAGUCACUCGCAACUCAGCCUGCCUCCGAGCAGGUCGACUCGCUGCUUCUUGGCUACGCUCUCGAGGGCAUCCGUCUAGGAGGCAGCACACACCUAGUCUUCCAGGCCGUCGCUGCCGAUACCAUCCCAACAGUGGAGAACAGCAUCGAAGCAGGCGACUUCGUCACCCUGAACACGUCGCCCUCCGCCUGUGAGCCCGCCCAACCCGACCCUUCACUGCACACGCACGCGCGCUCACUAUACGCACAUCUCGACGCCUCACCCGACGCGGUCUUCCUUGGAGGAACUGCCGUGCGCGACGCAACGCUGGUGGAGUUCUUCCGCGCGGUGUUUUGCACGCAAGAACUUGCGGCGCACGCCGGGUCCGCAGGGCGAGCUGAAGAAGGUGGUGGUGCCCGACCGGACGGGCAAGAGCACCGGACGCGUGCAGUACAUGCGCGACGACUGGGCCGCGUAUAG